AUGUCCGUCGUCACCUACAAGCCUCCCCCUCCCGAUCCCGUUAAACCACCUCCCGAUGUUGUCGUGACUCCCUGUGACCCUUGGCCUGCGCCUUACUACAUGGAGGGUGGCCUUCGCCGCGUCAAGCCGUAUCACUAUACCUAUAACACCAACUGCAAGGAGAGAUGGCGGGGCAGGAAUUUGGAGGAAAUUUUCCUUUCGGAAUUCCGUGACCGAAAACCGGACUACUACAAAUGGGCCCUCGAUCAGGGCCUCGUUGCCGUCAACGGGAAGCCUGCUGGUCGGGACACCGUGAUCAAGAACGGACAGGUGGUUUCGCAUACUCUUCAUCGCCACGAGCCCCCGGUGACCGGCAUGCCUAUUGGUAUCAUCCACGAAAGCGAUGAUUUGAUCGUCAUCGACAAGCCGGCCGGCGUUCCUGUCCAUUCCGCCGGCCGCUACCACUACAACUCGGUUGUGGAGAUUCUGCGCGCCGAACGUGGCCAUGGCUUUGUGCCGAGACCGUGCAACCGGUUGGACCGUUUGACUUCCGGCAUCAUGUUCAUUGGAAAGGACCCCAAGGGCGCCGAGAGAAUGGCAGAGCAACUGAAGGCCCGAACUGUCCAGAAAGAAUACCUGGCCCGCGUCAAGGGCAAAUUUCCCGAUGGCAUCGUCGUUUGCGACCAGCCGAUCAUGCAGGUCAGCCCUAAACUGGGUCUGAAUCGUGUGCGGGCUACCGGCAAGACAGCCACCACCAAGUUCCGCCGUCUGGCUUACUAUCCUCCUGAAGCAUCGGUGGCCUCGGCGAAAGAGCAUGAGUCUGGUCGUGCUGCCACUCCACCUCCGGCCGUCUCCAAUGAGGACGAGGGGUACAGCAUUGUGCACUGCUUCCCCCUCACAGGCCGGACGCACCAGAUCCGAGUACACCUUCAGUUCCUGGGUCAUCCGAUUAGCAACGACCCCAUCUAUUCCAACCGCCGUGUUUUCGGGCCGGAGCUGGCGCGAAAUGAAGACCACGGAGAGCGCGAUGAUGAAAUCAUGGAGCGCCUCCACCGGAUGGGCAAGACUGAGAUUGCAGACACGCACACGUACCGCAAUCACUUCACCGCCGCUCCGAACGUCCCGGUGGACACUGAUCCGUCCAUUGUAGCGAGUAUCAUGUCUCGCGAACAGCAAGCUGCCGCGGAGGACUAUGAGAAGCGCAAGGGCGAGCGUCUGUCUGGCGAGUUAUGCGAUGUCUGUGGCACAGAGCUGUACUCAGACCCAGGUGUCCAUGAACUGGGUAUCUUCUUGCAUGCCGUCGCCUAUGCUGACCGUGAUGGCGAUUGGGGAUACCGUAGCCCCAUGCCUCAUUGGGCCAAGCCUCCACCUGGCAUGGACGGACCUCGCGAAGUCCCUGACUGGGUUCCUGGCGAGGAAACUAUUAUCGGCCAUGGAACAGUCCCUGAGCUUGGUGAUGAUGACAUGGCUACCGGUGACAAGAGACCCGGCAUGAACGGUACUGUCCUCGUAGAGGGCGUUGGCCUAGUCAACCUCGAUGACCCGAGACAUGGCCUGAAUGGAGCCUCAGCUGGUGAAUUGCCCCAAUCUGAAUCAUCUGCUGCGCCUUAG